AUGAUUCAGAAGCAGUACGGUACUUCACGCUCACAUCUGAAAACAUUCCAAAGAUUGGCACGAAUGCGGAAGAACGAUGAGACGCUCAAUACGGGACUGAUCACUAUUGGUCAACUUAUCGACAGUGGUUUCACAAUUGUCCGACAUCCGGAUGAGCAGAAUAGCACUACCGGAAAGGCGUAUCUGGGAGCUUUCAAUUUCGGCCAGAUUGAUGUGAACAUUCCAAUUCAUGAAAUUACGGCACUGAAAAAGGCGAAAUUGGACCAUGCCAGUGUAAUUGUAUCGAGCAGUGAUGCGGACCAGUACUACCCUCGUCAGACGGUUGAUCUCAGUGGUGGUACUUUAACACUGCCAGCCGAGCAGGGUGUUGUGUUUCAGAUUGCCAGUACAUGA